CCUCACUCUUUAUUCCCCGGAGCAAAUGUUCCGAUCAAGCCAAGCAACCUGGUAAUCCUCCACCGGGCAUAUAAUAUAUCUUACUACCGCGCCGAAACUGCCACUCCGCACAUAACAACCACCCUCUCUCUACUCUCCACGUAGAGCCAACAGAAAAACAGCUCACGGAAUUCACGUAUUCUGACAGAGUGCGUACGAUAUCUUCAUUUACGACCGUCAACAUCUUUGCUUGCCCCUGUCUUGGCACGGUCAACCUUUUGGCAUGGCGAGCUCGGUAGAUGACCGGGGCCCGGAGGCGCCGAAGAAGAAGAAGGAGAAGAAUAGAAGACCUGCGGACACUCCCUUUAGACAGCAGCGAUUAAAAGCCUGGCACCCCAUCCUAACGCCCCGGACCGCUCUCCCCCUCUUCUUUGCUGUAGGCAUCGUCUUCGGCCCGAUUGGCGGACUCCUCCUCUGGGCAAGCACCCAAGUCCAAGAAAUCGUGAUCGACUACACAAGAUGCAUAGAAUCUACUAGCGGGGAGCUAACUACUAUCCCCUCCUCGGCCGUGAGAUCCUCCUUCACCACACCGCUCGACCCCAAAGACCUGCCAAGAUGGUCCAUGCACACUCGCCCAGCGCCCUACGACCCGGACGAGGAGGAAAGAGUCUGCACUAUCGAAUUCACCAUACCAAACGAGAUGAAGGCCCCGGUGUUAAUGUACUACCGCCUCACAAACUUCUACCAGAAUCACCGUCGUUACGUGAUUUCGCUCGACGAGCAGCAGUUGAAAGGCGAGGUGAGGAGCUACGAAGACCUGGACGGAUCGGAAGCUUGCGCGCCGUUGGCAGGGGCGGAUAAAGUCCCGUAUUACCCUUGCGGGCUCAUCGCCAAUUCCAUGUUCAACGACUCCUUCACCUCCCCUGUUCGCGUGCAGGCUGAGGGAAAUUCCCAGGGGGAGGAGUACGUCAUGACGAAUAAAGGCAUCGCUUGGGGCGCUGAUAGGGAGCGGUACAAAAAGACCCACUACCGCCCUGACCAGGUUAUCCCUCCGAGGAACUGGGUCAAACGAUUCCCGGAGGGCUAUACGGAGAAGAAUAUGCCCGACAUCCAUGAAUGGGAGGAAUUCCAAGUCUGGAUGCGCACCGCUGGCCUCCCCACGUUCUCAAAGCUCGCCCUGCGAAAUGAUACACUGGCGAUGCCGGCAGGCAAGUACAGAGUUAACGUCACGUACAACUUCGAGGUCAUGAACUUCACUGGCACCAAAUCCAUCAUGCUGUCCACUAGGACCGUCAUGGGCGGUAGAAAUCCCUUCCUGGGAAUCGCGUAUGUCGUUGUCGCGGGAUUGUGCGUGGUGCUUGGAACGUUGUUCACCGCGAGGCAUUAUUGGAAACCUAGGAAACUCGGAGACCGAAAGUACUUGACAUGGAAUAACGAACCGACCGGUGGGUCGCAUGUUCCCACGCCCGUUGGACAGGAGACCCAGUAGUUUUUCCUGUCUGGUUUUUUUCUUUUUCCCUGGGUAUUUCUUACCGUCUCUCGGGCCCCAAUUUCAGUUCCAUUACUUUUUUCCCAUCUUUUUCAGUCUUCUAGGGAAAUUAUCCACCUGUUAGUUUACUCCCUAUGUUUCCCUGUAUCUUUGAAGAAUUUGAUUUGGUUUCUUUUCUUUUGUUGCGAAAGGGUUUUUUUUUGGUAUUUUCGUCUUUGGCUCCUGUUCUUAAUGCACAUAUUUUUUUUAUCCUG